AUGACUCUAGCAGAACAAUUUAACAUUCAAGACUACCCAAUUGUUAUUGGAAUUGAUUUUGGAACAACAUAUUCUGGGUGUGCAUAUUCACUUGCUAAUUCAGAAGAAGUAAUUGACAUUCAAAAAUGGCCAAAGCAAAACAAUAAUGUGUACCCCAAAACACCAACUCUGAAUUUUUAUCAAAACAAUACUAGUGUCAUGACUCAGUGGGGGAAUGCGGCUCGUAUAAUUAUGCAAAGACCAGCUUCCCGUAGCUCUGUUUUACUUAAGCAGUACAAGCUCUAUUUGGAUGAAAAUAUAGCUAAAGAUCUUCCUCCUCUUCCCAAUGGUCUGUCUAUUGUUGAUGCUAUUUCAGAUUACCUCCGCGCAUUUCAUGAACAUGCCAUGUCAGAACUCAAAAAAGCUAUUGCCACCAGUGAUAAAAGCCAAUGUCGUUAUUGUUUGACAGUCCCUGCAAUGUGGUCUGACAAGGCCAAAGGAACGAUGCGAGAAGCUGCCAUUCAAGCUGGUUUAAUCCAACCGUCAGAUCAUCGGGAUCGGCUGAUGUUAAUCAGUGAGCCCGAAGCAGCUGCACUUUAUUGCGAGAAAAAAUGUGAACAAUUUAAUCUUAAGCACAAAGACCGAUUCAUGAUUUGCGAUGCUGGGGGUGGCACGGUAGACUUGAUUGUGUUUGAAAUUGAUGAACGUGGUGGGAGACGACUAAGGGAAUGUAUUAAAGGACAUGGACAAUCUUGUGGAUCGGUCUUUCUAGACCGAAGAAUGCGCAAACUUUUAAAAAAGAAGUUCAAGGAGAACUUGGCUACUAUUCCUACGUCGGCCUUUGAUACAAUGAUGGAUAGCUUUGUGGACCUUAUCAAACCCCAGUUCGAUGGAAUCGAGGAGCAAUUCUUGUCUUUACCAGCCUCAAUCAAUAUUGGAUCAAUCAACAAUAGCUCUAUCGGGUUAGAGGAAGGCAUGCUGUGCAUUAGUGCAGCGGAGCUUAAGCAAGAAGUAUUCAAUCCUGUUAUAGACGAAAUCCUUUCCUUGGUGGAGAACCAACUCCAAAAGGCUGGAUCCCUUAAAGCUAUAUUCCUAGUUGGUGGGUUUGGAUCUUCCAAUUACUUAUUCAAACGUAUGCAAGACGAAUUUGGACAUGCUGUUCCGCUUAUUGCAGUUCCACCCCGUUGCGAACUGGCUGUAGUAAGAGGGGCAGUCUACUUUGGUAUGAAUCCUACAGUUGUAGCUUCUCGGGUUUCUCGUUGCUGGUACGGUAUCGACACUACAACUCUAUUUGAGGAUUCCAUUGAUCCCCCAGAAUACAAGCUUAUUCGGUCUGAUGGAAGUGUAAGAUGUGAUAAUCGAUUUUCUGUUUAUGUUAAUCGUGGGCAAUCUUUAGACACCGACUAUCAUGUUUCUAAAGAUUAUUAUGCGUACUAUCCUCAUCACACCAUAUGUACUUUAUAUGCUACUGCUGCCGAAGAGGCACCACGUUACACUACAAGCCCAGGAGUAUUUAAGGUAGCCAACUUUGAUAUUCCUAUGCCAGCUCUUACUGGAGUAGUAGAAGGAGAACAAGUUGGCUUAUCGAUUAAGAUGUAUUUUGGGGAAGUUGAACUACGAGUAGAAGCUGUUAUCCGUGGAAAAACUUAUGGAACUACAUGCACAUUUGAUCCUGAGUAUUAA